GAUAUAUUUCAUACGGAAAUCUAAAUUUAUAAACACAAACGAACAUGUUAUUUAUAUAGUAAGACAAUAACUUUAUCUCUAACCCAAAAGAAUGAAAGAAACUAGAUCUGCUUUGUGUCAUUUUCACAUAAAUGAGAAGCAAAAUCACGAAACCAUAAGAGUGUCGUAUGAAUUUUGAAAGUCAAAAUAACGUCACACACCAUUAUCCAAUUAUUCAAAAUUAGCCGACAAAAAAACUAAACAAAUCUCAAAACCUUGUCUAUAAAUACACUCAAUCCUCUUCUUCAAACUCAACAUCGUCAUCUCUAACAAUGGCGCCUUCUCCGAUCAUCUUCUCCGUUCUUCUUCUCUUCAUCUUCUCACUCUCAUCAUCUGCUCAAACACCUUUCCGUCCCAAAGCUCUCCUUCUCCCAGUAACAAAAGACCAAUCUACCCUCCAGUACACAACCGUCAUCAACCAACGCACACCUCUCGUCCCCGCUUCCGUCGUCUUCGACCUCGGUGGUCGAGAACUCUGGGUCGACUGCGACAAAGGCUACGUCUCCUCCACUUACCAGUCUCCUCGCUGCAACUCCGCCGUCUGCUCACGUGCCGGCUCCACAAGCUGCGGCACAUGCUUCUCCCCUCCGAGACCUGGCUGUAGUAACAACACUUGCGGCGGCAUUCCGGAUAACACCGUUACCGGUACCGCAACUUCCGGCGAAUUUGCUUUAGACGUUGUGUCUAUCCAGUCCACUAACGGAUCCAAUCCGGGCAGGGUCGUUAAAAUCCCAAAUUUGAUCUUCGAUUGUGGAGCAACGUUUCUUCUUAAAGGACUCGCUAAAGGAACCGUUGGUAUGGCGGGAAUGGGACGUCACAACAUCGGUUUACCGUCGCAAUUCGCCGCCGCGUUUAGCUUCCACCGUAAAUUCGCCGUCUGUCUAACUUCCGGUAAAGGCGUCGCCUUCUUCGGCAACGGACCUUACGUUUUCCUUCCCGGAAUCCAGAUCUCAAGUCUCCAAACGACGCCCCUUCUCAUCAAUCCGGUCAGCACUGCUUCUGCGUUUUCACAAGGUGAGAAAUCCUCAGAGUACUUUAUCGGCGUGACGGCGAUUCAAAUCGUCGAGAAAACAGUUCCGAUCAAUCCAACGCUAUUGAAGAUUAACGCAAGUACCGGUAUCGGAGGAACCAAAAUCAGCUCCGUCAAUCCUUACACGGUGUUGGAGUCAUCGAUCUACAAUGCUUUUACGUCGGAGUUCGUUAAACAAGCAGCGGCGAGGAGCAUCAAGAGAGUAGCGUCGGUGAAACCGUUCGGCGCGUGUUUCAGCACGAAGAACGUCGGCGUGACGCGCCUAGGAUACGCCGUGCCGGAGAUUGAGCUUGUGCUUCAUAGCAAAGACGUCGUUUGGAGGAUAUUUGGAGCCAACUCGAUGGUGAGUGUCAGUGAUGACGUCAUCUGUUUGGGUUUCGUUGACGGAGGAGUCAACGCAAGAACCUCUGUUGUGAUUGGAGGGUUUCAGUUGGAGGAUAAUUUGAUCGAAUUUGAUUUGGCGAGUAACAAAUUUGGGUUUAGUUCCACGUUAUUGGGCCGUCAAACUAACUGCGCCAACUUCAAUUUCACUUCCACUGCUUGAUUAAAUUAGUUGAUCCGUUUUCUUUUUUUAAAACUGUUUUUUAGUGGUUAUUAUAUUAUGUUUGAUGUGAUUAAUAAAGAGCCAAUGGAAUCAUUAUUUGGCAUUUGUUAUCAACUGAUUUGAAUAAAUUAUGUAACGAGUGAAUUUUAUUUGAUAAAUCUUUAAACUUUAGCGCAGGAUUAAAAUUAUAUCUAUAUGAUCAUCUAUAAUAUAAUGUCCAAAUCAUUUCACAUUAGUCAUCCGGUUUAUAAAAUAUCGGAAAAGACAUUGAAUUGUUU